UCAAUCGAUUCAGUAUACCAAGUAAGACCUGAGAGAAGUUUAAAGGAAUUACAUAUUUGAAAUUUUAGUAGCAUAAAUAUGUCUAAUUCUUUGGUCACCAAACCGUUGGCAAUAUUUUUUAUUGCAUUUUCUUUACUUGCGACUUGUAAUCAAAGGACGAAUGCGCAAGCGAUUAAACGCCCGGCGGUUAAAGCCUGUGAGGCAUUAGACAAUGGACUACAGCCGAAUUCAAUACCGCGCACACCUGAGGGUAGUGCUGCGUUGCCCGGAAAAUAUCCCUACGUGGCACUUAUUGGGCAUGAAAAUGAAAAGGGCACUAUCGAAUUUCGUUGCGGUGGCGCCUUGAUUGAUAAACGUUUCGUGCUAACCUCAGCUGCCUGCUUAGUACAUGGUAAACCGACGAUAGUGCGUUUGGGUAUCACAAGUCUUGAUGAUGUGGCACAAAGCGGUGGCAUGGUGGAGCGUAAAAUCAAGGCUAUUCAUGUGCAUCCUGAACAUACUGUGGCUGCUGCAUACAACGAUAUCGGUUUGAUCGAAUUGGAUGGUGACGUCAAGUAUUCUACUUUGGUGUACCCCGUUUGCUUGCAUACCGGUGCAGCAAUCCCUGAAAACAAUACUGAGUUGUAUGCCACACGUUGGGGUGUCAAUUGUCAACUCGCUGUGAGUGCAGCACGCGUGCAGCUUCUUUCGAAUCCAUUGUGUCGCAAUGCAUUCAGUGAGUUGAUAAAGAAACGUACAGUCGAUGAUAUACGUUCUACACAGUUGUGUGCACACAAUGUUAAUCCCUCGGCGGAUGAUUGUAGUACUGCAGUAGAUUCAUUUGGUCUGCGCAGUGAAGUGCCGGACGUGCUUACUAGAGUAUCUGAGUAUUUAGAUUUCAUUGAGCCUAUAGUCUGGCCUAGUUCUAAUGAAAAUUGAUAUAUUUUCGUAAUUAAUAAAUAACAAUAAAUAAGCUAUUCAAAAAA